UUCUUUUGUAUUUCUUUUUCUUUGUAAGAUUUGUUUUUCCGAGUGAAUCGUGGCCGUUGAUGACUGAUAUCUUGAUUUGCCGACAUUGUCUGAUUAUCUUCUAUAAUUUGAUCGAGCUCUCUCUGUCUGAGGCCUGAUUUCGAUUCCUGUUUUUCGGCUAUCUUAUUUCAAAAUCCCAUAACUUCGAUUUCAUUUUCAAUUCAUUUGUUUUUCUUCAUGACGUGCGUGUUCUUGAUUUCUGUCUCGCUGAUUUAGAUUUCAAUACGUUUUUUGUUUUUGUUGAUUUAGGGGUGGUACGAUUAUCGGAAGAAAAAGAAACUAUAGUCGCGUGAUUUAGAUUCGUACUUCUAAUUGUGAUAAUUCAAUUUGCUAUGAAUUUGUUUUUAAUGUAAUGCUCGGAAAAAAAAUUGGUCAAAUCAAGUCGACUGAGGGGCAAAUAUUUGACCAAGUCAAGGAGGGGUAAAUGUGUCAUUUUGCCCCUCGGGUCAUUAUUGGGGUGUCCAAGGACUUCCAAUUAGGGCAAAUGUGUCCUUUUGCCCAUCUGGUCAUUAUUGGGGUACCAAGGACCUCCCAUCAGGGCAAAUAUGUCAUUUUUCCCCUCCGGUCAUUAUUGGUGUGUCCAAGGACCUCCAAUCAGGGCAAAUGUGUCAUUUUGCCUCUCCAGUCAUUAUUGGGGUGUCCAAGGACCUCCAAUCAGGGUAAAUGUGUCAUUUUUCCUCUCUAGUCAUUAUUGGGGUGUACAAGGACCCCAAUUAGGGCAAAUGACACAUUUGCCCCUCCAGUCAUUAUUGGGUGUCCAAGGACCUCGGUUAGGGUAAAUGUGUCAUUUUGCUCCUCCAUUCGUUGUAUGGGUCCAAGGACCCCAAUUAGAAUACCACAAGAGAAAAGAAAGUUAGGGAGAGAAAAGUGAGAGGAGAUAGAAGGAUCCUCCUGAACAAUCUUAUAGGGAGUUGUUCUUUAAGAUUUGUGAAGAAACUCGGCUGAAAAACGUAAUUCGAGUUAGAAUCCUGAGAUGUCACCCAAGAACGGUAAAACAAAAAACGAACCUCUUCCGAAGCUCAGAUCUCAUUCUAUGUUGAGUCUGAAAUCAAUAUAUAUAUAUAUCAUAUCGUAGCCUGUAACACGAUCUAAAGCUUUGAUGAAGGGAUCAAUGGAAUUUGAGAUCAUAAUCGAAAGAUAUGAAAAUGGAAAAAAUCAAGAAAUUGAUCAGAAAUCGUUUUGUGUUACAAAUUGCAGGAGAGAGAAGAAAUUCCAGCAGCCACCAGUAGGUGGUGAAACGCAGCUUGGCAGGUGGAGGACACACGUCAAGCGUCGACUAGAGCAACGCAGCUCCAGCGAAAAUGGCGUCACGUGUCGCCUUCAAACCCAAACCCAUGGUCCACACGAGCAAAUUGACUCGCUGACCUGAACCGGAGUGCCUAAACCGCGACUGCAAAACCUCUGCCAACGCGUGGUACUCGCGAGCAGCCACGCCCCCACAGAGGACUAUUAUUAGCUUACGAGGUACUCAGCACACCCCUAAGCUAGAUAACCGGUCAUUACAACUCGCCUUAAGGAACUCAUAGGAAUCAAAUGAAAGGACAGAGAACUAGUGAAACUCCAUGGAACUAAGACCAGAAUCAGAUGUCCAAGAGCCAAUUAGAAGCCGUGGGAAUCUACUAAGCCUAGGAUGCAAUGAGAGUCUACAGAGAGCCUAAAAGUAGGUGGCGUGGCGUAUAAUUUUUAUACUCAUCCUUGCUAUAUUUUUCUUGAGAAUGAUGAAAGGUUAGGAUGCGAUGAAAGCCUACAAUUCAAAACUCUCGAGAUCGACUAGGUUCACACGGUUUUAACAACCUUUGACUAGACCCGACCAAACCAAAAGGGGGGGAGGAAGUGAGUUGGGUUGAGUGUGUAUUGUUUUGGUGAGUCAAAAAUCAUGAUAGAAAGUGGUUUUGGAACCCUUUUUAGGCUUUUUUUGGUUUAGGGUUUAAGAAAAAGUAAGAAGAGGAGAUUAGAAGAAGCACUUUCCGUCAACUCUCUUUUGAUUCACUCAUCCCUUUCCGCCCUAAUUUCUGUCUCCUUCUUCUUCAUCAAAUGUUUACCAUAAAUCUGCGACUGCCUUCCUCGGCUCCCCAUUAAUUACUCCAUUCUUCGCUCUCUUCUUAAGAAUGCCAAAGAGUUUAGCUGCCAGUGAUGAAAAGGAGAGGCAAACAAAGGCAAUUUGGGAUGAUGUUACUGUUGAUUCAUUCAUAAAUGUCUGUAUUACUGAGACUUUAAAUGGGAAUAGACCUCAUGGCCAUUUUACCAAAAUUGGAUGGAGGAAUGUAGUUAAGAACUUCCAUGCAAAGACAGGAAGAAACUACGGAUACAAGCAGCUCAAGAACAAAUGGACAACGCUCAAAAAAGACUGGCAGGUCUGGAAUGAUUUGAUUGGAACUGAUAAACAAUUAGGAUGGGACACUCAGAGGCAAACCAUUGAUGCCACUAGUCAAUGGUGGGAUAGCAAAUUAAAGAUUCUUCCUGAGGCAACUAAGUUUCGUGCAAAAGGACUGCAAAAUGUGGAGCUCUUGAACAUUCUCUUCGAAGAUGUUGCAGCAGGCAAUGGAGGAGGAGCAUGGGCACCAACACCAGCUCAGGUUGUUUUACGUAAGUCUUCAAGUGAUGACACGAUAGGAGACACAAAGUUGAAUGAGAAUGAGUUUAUUAACAAUGUAGAAAGUAACACUAACACAAAUGAAGUUAAUACGAGUGCAACUUAUAGUCAAGGAAAUGAGAAAAGGAGAAAAAAAGUAGAAGAUUCAAAAGUUGGAUCGUCUUCUUCGAGGUUGUUCGAGGCAUUAGAUCGUCUUUGUGAUGCUAUAGAAUACAGAAGAAGAGAUUUACCAGGAUGUAGUACACUUGAGGUAAUGGAAACUUUAAGGGGGUUGCCUGGAAUUGUAGAAGGAGAUGAGUUGUAUAUGAAGGCUGCUGAUAUCCUUGUCAAAAGAGAGAAUAGGGAGAUGUUUGUAGCUUUAAGAAAGCCUGAGAUUCAAAUUACAUGGCUCAAGCAAAAAAGAGUUUGACAUAAAUGCACAUUAUACAUACUUAUCUAGAGUAGUUUGGGUUUAACCCGAUGUAAUCAAUAAAACUACGGGGUUGUAAACACAAAUCCAUUGUUUAUCAAUGAUAGCUGCUCCUCUCU